UCGCCAUUCAUAAAAUUUGCGAAACAAAAACAAACGCCAUUACGACGGUGUCGGAAAAAGUGUAAAAACGCUGCAAAUAGUUGUGAUUUUGGAUGAAAACCAGUUAAAUUACUUCUGUGGAUGUUGUGGCUGAUCGAGGUAGUGUUUUUAAGUGAAAUGAAGCUUGAUUGUCAGUGGAAAUUGAAGAUCAAAAUGAGUGGAUUCAACUAUGGUUCCAGUUGUGGGUGGCACUGUGUGGAGUGGGUGGCCGGGAGGAAAAUCCCAUGUAGAUGAAAAUGUAAAAUUUGGUGAAAAUGUUUUUUAGUGAUGAAGAUAGCGAUUUGGCGAUUUUUUCAAACUGAUGGAGAUCUAGGUAACUUUAUUUGACGGAAAAUAUACGUCAUCAAUACCUGGUUCUUCGAACUGUAGCAUGGAAUUCGCAAACAUUAGUUUAUUUGCGCUAUUGGAUGAACUUGGACUACAGGACCGGGUUGACUUCUACCUAUUUCUGAUGAUGCAGCUAGUCUAUCUGGUUUAGAAACAUCCCAUCAACAUGUAUGACUUUACUCUGAUGGCGAUCGUCUGAUGAGUUGAUUAUUUGUGCCUAUAUAAUCGAUAUGUAAAGAAAAAUCACGGAGUCCAAAAAAGGGCUUUAUUGUUGUUUGUACCUGUAAACAUGCUUGCCGAUUAUAAGUUAUUAACGAAAGGCCUUCCAUCACAGCGUUCGACAUCGUUGCAUCGAAUUGACAAACGAGGAACCAAUUUGCUCAACAAACAGCAAACAGCAGGGGCCUUUCAAUGCUACCCUGGGGCGAAAGAUAAGGUGAAGGUCCGCGUAGAAGGUUUCGAUUUCCCCCUCAAAGACGAGAGAGAUAUUGAACGACUUGAACAGUCUGUUCGUAACGACAGGCUGCUGAAGCAGAAAUACAUUGAUUACCUAGCGACAAAGAAACCACCAGCGGUUGACCUCGUCGAUGGAUUCAGCUUGUUCUUCACGGACGCUUCCAUGGUAAACUACAAUUGGAACGGAAUAUCCAGCCAUCGGUUUCCCAAAAAAGCCAUGAAGAAUUACCAGAUUUUCACUUUAUAGGCUUGGCCAGGGCUGAACUCGGAACGUCUUGCGUCGAAGAUGAAGCGAGCUAUCGAAAAGAUCAAUAACAGACGCAAUGUGCAGCAUUCUAAGCGACGUCGUAAAGCAAGAAUAAAUAGUUUGGUGG